AUGGAGACGAAAAAGAGCUCAAAUGAGGCGGAUCGAUUAUUCUGGCGGCAGAUCCGGAUCGCGCAACUAGGAAAUCUUUUCUUGAUUAUUGUCCUGUAUACACAUGCAUAUUUCAGAACCAUGGGCCCAUUUUGCACGACGUCAGCCCAGACGAGGAUAAAGCGAGCUUCUCCAGCGCGAACGUUGCCUCAAGACUUGGAAGACUACACUGUAAUUUUAGGAAAGGACACCAUCAUUCCGAAAGAUGUUUUCGAUACGUCCUGCUCGCGGAUACAUCGAUAUUGUGCCGAUGCUGGGAUGAAGCUCAUCGGAUUUCAGGGCCCAAGAGGUCCCCCUGGCAGUGGCGGUCCUAUUGGGCCACCUGGUCGAAGAGGAAAACAGGGUGCCGUCGGACCAUCCGGACUUGUUGGGGACGCCGGAGAGGAAGGACCUAGAGGCAAAGAUGGUAGAUGUAAUUGCUCAAUCCCCGAUAUGUAUAUCCACCGCGUGCCAAUCCCUGGCCCUCCGAUUAUACAGAUUCAAGAAGUACAAGUACCUGUUGAGGUAUUGGUAGUGAAAGAAGUCGAAGUUACGAAACUUGUUCCAUUCGAGCCGACGCCGCCAGGAUUUGCGCCGCCACCUGGCUGGCGACCCGGCAUGCCUCGACCCGACAAAACGCGCAAAUUACCACGAUACACAACCAAGCCGACGCAACCAAAAAGACGAACCACUAAAAAGAUAGUGACAACACCGGUCGUCAGCCUGGCGAAUGAGACACUGUUCGCCAACAUUACUUCCUUUAAUGAAACUGAUUUCGAGACCACGCCAGAGCCCUAUAUGGGACCACCAACGCUGGGAACAAAUUUCAGAGCUGCUAUCGGCAUUCCGGUAAUGCAUGCCGAGUCGCAGUACGGAGAUACGGGUUCCUGGAUGCGGGACGUCAAGCCGACCACUCAUUCUCAGAGUGCAAAACGAUGGGUGACCGAUGGCUUUGCCAGCCCGGUGCUCUAUGAGUAUGAAACGGAAACAAAGCUGAUGCGAAAAGAACAGAAAAUCAAGUACUACGUCGACUUUUUGGCCUCUGGCACGGGCAGCGUGGUCAUUGAUGGAUUUUACUAUUAUCACAAACACGGCACUGAUCAGCUUGUGCGCUACGCCCUCGACAGCGCCGAGUACAACGAGACCAGCAUCGAUAUGAGCUUUUUGGAUUGCGAUAUCCUACCCGAUCACACGUUCGAAGAAUGUAACGAAACCGAUCGACACCCAUGGCUUUACAAUCGACCCCACAAUUACGUGGAUUUUGCGGUGGAUGAAAAUGGACUCUGGGUCAUCUACAUGCGCCCAGAUAGCAACGGACUGAUGGUCAGCAAAUUAGAGUCGAAUCUGCACGUCGUCCAGACUUGGCAGCUCGAUCACGUGAACGCCACCGAACUGGCCGACGCCUUCAUCAUGUGCGGGGUACUGUACGGUAUUGAAUCGAGCAACGAACGAGACACUUUCAUCACGCAUGCCUACGACUUGUAUAGAAAUGACACAAUCCACGGUAAAGUUCCGUGGUACAACCCUUUCGGUGGGCUCUCAAUGCUCCAUUUCAACCCCGUCGACAAGCGCCUAUACUUUUUCGACAAGAAAAAGCUACUCUCGGUGAACGUGCGGGUGGACGACGACUCCGAGGAGUACGAAGACGAUGACUACGGUCUAAUACGGAAAGAAGAUGGACCGGAAGGGCCC